AUGGGUCCUGGGUCCCUUGCUGCUGCAGUGUUGGAAAGUUCAGAUUUUUCUGGGUUUUUGCCGGACUGUGAAGAAAGAAAGAAAGAAAGAAAGAAAAGGAAGAUUGUGUUGAACAUGGAGAUUUCUGGCAGCAGUGCUAUAAAUUUUGAGUUUCACAAAGCAAAUGGAGCUAGCCGUACCCCUCAUCAUCGAACAGCCUUAGGCAAACCAACGCCAUCAAAAUGGGAUGAUGCACAAAAAUGGCUAGUGGGGCUGUCAAGAGGACCAGACAAAAACCAAUCCAAAACCAAGCCCAGAAACUCAAAUGCAGAUGACUUGAGACUCAUAGCUCCUGUGUCACAGAAGGAGCAGGAUUAUUCAAGUGGAGAGGAUGAUGGGGUAGAAGAUCAACAAGAAGAAGAGGAAAAUGGAUGUGAUGGCUCUGCAAGGCCAAAUCAAUAUGAUGUGGAGACAAAGAAAGUGGACUGUGAUGACGCAGUUUGGAGAAGCAACAAACCAACGGAAAACUCAACGGCAGCUAUGAAAUCUAUAUGUUUGAGAGACAUGGGAACAGAAAUGACCCCCAUAGCAAGCCAAGAGCCUUCAAGAACUGCCACCCCUAUUAGAGCCACAACUCCGGCGGUACGGAGCCCUAUAGCUUCAGGAUCCUCCACCCCAAUAAGGCCAUGCCAACAUGGGAUGCAAGCUAGUCAGGGCUAUCAAAAAUCCACUGAUGGCAGAAGUAAAGAAUCAAAUGCUUGCAAGAGUAUGCCUGACAACCAGAACUCAGAUCAAGUUAGGAAACCAAGUCCCCUAGAAACUCGAGCAAUGGCUUGGGAUGAGGCAGAACGUGCUAAAUACAUGGCAAAGUAUAAAAGCGAAGAGGUCAGAAUACAAGUGUUGCCCUGGGAAAAUCAUGAGAAGAGGAAAGCUGAGAUGGAAAUGAGAAAAAUGGAGGUGAAAGCUGAGAGAAUGAAAGCUCGGGGUCAAGAAAAGUUAACGAAUAAACUUGCUGCGACUAGAAGAAUAGCUGAAGAAAAGAGGGCUAAUGCAGAGGCCAAACUCAAUGCAAAAGCUUUAAGAACUUCAGAAAAGGCAGAUUGCAUAAGGAGGACUGGCCUUUUGCCCUUUACAUUCUCAUUUAAGUUGCCUUCUCUUUGCUGGUAG